AUGGUCUGGCUGUUGAAAGAAAGUACUGUAACCGCAUGACCUCUGGUCAUAUUUGCCGUAUAUAACGGCAUGGGGAAUCUCGCCCUCACAGACGAUUCGAUAUCAGCCUUUCAAGCACAGUUUGAAAACAGCCUUCUUCUCGCAUCUCCUAAUCCCUCGUCCCCUUCCUCCCUUUAUCCUACCUAGCUAGAUAAUUUAAUAAUUGGAAAUGCGUGUCUCGUCAACCUACCUUGCUCUUGCUCUUGCGGCUGUUACUGCUGCUACUCCUCUUGUCGUUCGCGGCUACGAUAAGCCGCCCUACGGUGACGACGGUGUUGGCCAUCAUGGUGGUGAUGGUUUCCCUGGUGGUCCGGGUGGUGGUUUCCCCGGUGGUCCGGGUGGUCCGGGCAACGGCGGCCCUGGCAACGGCGGCCCUGGCAACGGUGGUCCGGGUAACGGCGGCCCUGGAAAUGGUGGUCCUGGCAACGGUGGACCGGGCAAUGGUGGUGGUCCUGGCAACGGCGGCGGCCCUGGCAAUGGUGGACCGGGCAACGGCGGCCCUGGAAAUGGCGGCGGCCCUGGUAACGGUGGUCCGGGUAACGGCGGCCCUGGAAAUGGCGGUCCGGGUAAUGGUGGACCGGGCAACGGCGGCCCUGGAAAUGGCGGUCCUGGCAACGGUGGGCCUGGCAACGGUGGUGGUGUUGGCAACCCUGCUGACUGCGGUGUUUCCCCUGGCCAGAUCUCUGCUCUCACCCCGCUCCUUACGCGCCUCGGUCUCGAUACCACUGUCGAUGGUGUCAAGAAGCUCGUUGUCCACCUGACCGAUGCUGUCGGUGACCUGCUUGAGAGCCCCGCCAUCAACGGCCCGGAGGGUGUCAGUGGCAUUGUCACAGCAUCCUGUACAACCAGGUUCCGUGCCUGCUCGACACCCUCCUCCCCAAGCCCUAAGCACGCCAGGCGAUGCUUUCGCAAAACGGUCUCUUUUCCAUAUACUAGUCUCCCAAUUUUCGAUUAUUAGUCUCUUUCUAGCAGGUCCGGUUUACCAACAAUAUUCGCAUAUCCAUAAUACCCGUCUGGAAUUUGUUUGUGGCGCCGCCAGAAAUAUUGGCUGGAUGC